CUGAGUAUAAUCGUGUUCUUGCUAUAUGUGGUCCGGGAAAUAAUGGUGGUGAUGGGUUGGUUGCUGCUCGUCACCUGUAUCAUUUUGGGUAUAAGCCAUUUGUUGCUAUCCAAAACUUACUCCCAAGCCUCUUUAUAAUAGUCUGGUGACUCAGCUGGAAUCAUUGUCAAUCCCAUUCUUGUCAGUGGAUGAUCUGCUUGGGGACUUGUCCAAGGACUUUGACAUUUUACUAGAUGCAAUGUUUGGGUUCUCAUUUCAUGGUACACCCAGGCCUCCUUUUGAUGAUCUGAUCCAAGCGCUGAUUUGCUUGCACAAUGAUGACCAAACACAGCAAAAAUCCCCUGUUAUUGUAUCUGUAGAUAUACCAUCCGGUUGGCAUGUUGAGGAAGGAGAUGUUACUGGCAAAGGAAUUAAGCCUGACAUGUUGGUGGUAGAUUUGUCCCCCCAUCUAUUGCAGGGAAAUUUAAGCUUCAUCUCCCCGCAUAUCCUGGCGCAUCUAUGUGUGUCCAAAUUGGAAAGUCACUACAAAUUAACAUAUCAGCUCUUAGAGAGAACUAUGUCUUUCCAGCACUCCUUGAGGAGCAGCUAAAGGCCAAUCCGAUUGAUCAGUUUCCUAAAUGGUUUGAUGAUGCAGUGGCUGCCGGCUUGCAGGAACCAAAUGCCAUGUCUUUGUCAACAACCAGCAAGGAUGGAGAUCCGUAGGCUUCUUUGCUUUAUUUUAUUCAUUCAUGUUGUUUAAGCGAAUGUGUGAAGUAUAACAAUGGAUGGUUGAGCUUGGUUCUAAAACUAUCCAUAGUUUGUACUUUCUGUCUUGAAUAUUUCAGAAUAUCCUCAUAGAGUAGAUAUGGUGGUAUGAUAACAUUUAAAGACUAAUUAGAUUAUCUCGGCAAACUUGUUUUUCAGUUUAAAUCUUACUGAUUACAAUACACUCAUACAUGGAUUUAUUUGAUUUCUCAUCUCUUUUGAACCUUCUUAUUGUCUCUUACAGCUCAUCAAGAAUGGUACUGCUGAAAGGAGUUGAUAAGGAUGGUUUUGUCUGGUUAUUGUUAUUUUAACUUUGUUAUGGAAGAAUAUGAAGUUAACACUUAACUGUGCUUUUCUGUGGCUAUAUGUUGUUUGUAAUCAUUCUGGUUUAAUUACUCUUAGCAGGUACACAAAUUAUGAAACUCAAAAGGCUCGUCAGUUAUCAGAAAAUCCUAAUGUAUCAGUUCUUUUUUACUGGCAAGGCCUUCACCGGCAGGUGAGGGUGGAAGGAUCUGUACAGAAAGUUUCUGAUGAAGAAUCUGAGCAGUAUUUCCACAGCUGUCCUCAAGGAAGUCAACUUGGAGCAAUAGUUAGCCAGCAGAGUACUGUGAUUCCUGGGAGACUUUUUCUAUAUCAGCAAUACGAAGAAUUAGAGGAAAAAUACUCAGAUGGAAGUUUGAUUCCAAAACCUAAGUACUGGGGUGGAUACAGACUUAAACCAGAGCUUUUUGAGUUUUGGCAAGGGCAGCCAUCACGUUUGCAUGACAGGUUGCAAUAUUCUCCUCAAGAGGUCAGCGAGAAACACACGUGGAAAAUUUCUCGAUUGGCACCCUGACUAGUAUUUCCAGCUUCUUCAUUGUGAAGAUCACCACCUAUGGUACCUUGCUGUUUCAUAUAGCUUAUUUUUGGUAUAUUUGGGAGGCUAAGAAGGAGGACGUUAUGGAAACCUCGGACCUCUCCUUCUGUACGGGCUGAUGGGUGGUUUGGUUAAACAGCAAGUUUAUGCUAACUAAAUGACAACUAACUUUUCAGGACCAAGUCUGUUGGCUGUAUUAUGAGGUGAAGAUUAAUCUAAUUUGAAAUUGAAAGUUGAAACCCGAUCCAACACAAAAUAAGGGAUUUUGCAUCUCAUAUUUGUUGAGGCUGGAGAGUGUGAGUGAAUUGCAUGGAUCGAGUUCCUAAAGACGCCCAGGCUUGAGACAUACACAACUGCAAGUAUUCAGCCUUUUUUUUCUUCCUUCGUGUCCAAUAAUGAUUUAUUCUUUUCUUUGUAAAGGAAUUCAUUUCGUGGAUUUUGUUAAGUGCAGCAAUCAUAUCUAACACCUUUAUUAUUAAUUAGUUAACUCUUCUCUGCUCUUGUUGCAAUUGUGUCUUGCAUGAGAAAGAUCUGCAGUAGCUGAUGAAGCUCUUUUCUGUCAAGCUUUGCAUAGGAUAAUAAAUAAUCUUUGACAAG